GAAGAGUUUACGGCUGCAAUUUCGUUUCGUUCUCGUGUUUUGAACUUCAAAGGAAUAUUACAUCUUCACGAAUGAAAGAAUUUCACGAGUAUAGUACACAAUGAAUGACAUUAACGUGAGUUUUACAGGGACAGAAGCACGCAAGGUUCGAGUAGGGCUGACCUCAUUUUUCGAAAGCUUGCUUCUUGUUGUUGAAACACUCAAAGAAUUUGGCCCACCUGCGCCUGAGUAUACACAUUAUUGACCGGACAUAUUCCACAUAACACGGCCUACGUAACUAUUGGCAGAAAAUUAUUAACAUGCCUGAGCAUACCCCAGCACCUUAUACACCCCGAUCAGUCUAUGGGUACGCUUUGUUUGUCGGUUCAAAUAUGUUAUUCUUAUUGUAUUUGGUAUGGGCUAUAGUCCCAGAUAAUUUGCUGCAAGAAAAAUUCGGCCUUACUUAUUGGCCAUUGAAAUACUGGGCUGUGGCUAUUCCGAUUUGGGCCUUGACUGCCACUGCCCUGUUUGCGUUUCUUAUUUAUCCAGCAAUCAAUCUGCUGAUGACACCAGAUAUAGACGAUGUUAGAACUAUUAGAGACAAGUUCUCUCUGAGUACAGCGGAUAAAGUUCCUGGAGGAAUUCCACCUGUAUCUGACAUACCGAUAACUCAGGUGUGCAGGCAGCUGUACCUGAGACCUGAAGGAAAAAUGAAAAAUACCUGACUAUUUUCAGUUGUAUGGUAUUUUUCAGUGUGAAGCUAGUUAUUACGUUACCAUGUAGUUGUAUUUUUUUAAUAUUAUUUUGUUCUUAAAAUACAAUAUUGUGCGUAUAAGUUUAAAA